GACACACAAGGAUUUUAGUUCCAGCUGUUGGUGGCUCAAAGCAGGAGCUCCAGUCGCUAUCAGAAGCCCCCUCCAGCUUUCCCUCCUCACUCCCAGCUCCAGCUCCGUCAUGGCGACAGUAGUGCAGCCUCUCAGCCUGGAUCGAGAUGUGGCAAGGGCGAUUGAGCUGUUGGAGAAGUUGCAGGAAUCGGGUGAUGUUCCUGGUCAUAAGCUACAGUCACUGAAGAAGGUUCUGCAGAGUGAAUUCUGUACCGCCAUCCGAGAGGUCUACCAAUACAUGCAUGAGACAAUAACAGUGAACGGCUGUCCGGAAUAUCAGGCACGAGCCACAGCAAAGGCGACAGUGGCAGCUUUCGCUGCGAGUGAAGGCCACUCCCACCCACGAGUGGUGGAAUUACCCAAAACCGAUGAGGGGCUGGGCUUCAACGUGAUGGGCGGGAAAGAGCAAAACUCCCCAAUCUACAUCUCCCGCAUCAUCCCGGGAGGUGUGGCUGAACGAAACGGGGGCUUAAAAAGAGGCGACCAGCUUCUGUCUGUCAAUGGAGUGAGUGUGGAAGGUGAGCAUCAUGAGAAGGCAGUGGAGCUGCUGAAGGCGGCUGAAGGCAGUGUGAAGCUGGUGGUGCGCUACACACCCAAAGUUCUGGAGGAGAUGGAGGCUCGCUUCGAGAAGCUUCGCUCGGCCCGACGCCGCCAGCAGCAGCAGCUCCUCAUUCAACAACAGCAACAACAACACAACCUCAACACUCAACAGAACCACACGGCAUUGUUUCAGAAGAAGAGAAAUUAAAUGACACCACAAGCUUUAUUCAACCUCCACAUUCUGAGACGAGGGUCAUGUCCUUUUCCAGCAAAGACCACUUCCUCUCGUUUUAGAGUACAACCUUCAGACACUAGACACUGGUGCUCGCUAACCGUGCGUACGACAGCAGAGCGACGGACGUGAGCUGCCUCUUCUUUCUCAUUUUUUCCUCCAUUUGUGACUCGUUCCAAAGAAAACGUCUCACUUGUAGUUUGAUUAGCGUUUUUGAUUUGUGUUUUUAAACCAGUUUCUUGUUUAGCCGCCGCUUUCUAUGCUAACUUAUUAACAGAUUCUUCUGGUGCUUGUGUCUGUUAGAAAGAAAAUAGUGUCAGAUGUCGUCUUUUACUGGAUUAAAGUGAGGUAUUUUAUACCGUACUGUAGCAAGAAAUAUUUUAUAUAAAAAAAAUUUAGAAUUAGCAAUAACACUUCAGUUGGAUUUUUAAAAUUCAAUUCAAAGCCGAACACAACAAUGUAAGAUACAAAACCUGCUUGGCUAACAACAAACAGAAGCUACCAGAGUAUGAAAGCUAACUGCUAAUGUCCCUGCAGACUUUAGCUACCAUUUGCUGCUAGCCUUGUUAACAUUCAUGGACAUUCUGUACAAAUAAACUUUAAUAAACUACAGACUUUACCAAAUUGAGCUAAAAUGCUAAUAUAGCUAAUGAAAAACAAGGUAGCUGAACAUUAGGGAUAACUAGGGAUGUGAACUAACUGCACGCUUUCAAACUUUAGAGCUAGUUCAUUUUUCAUUAGCCGUGUUAGUAUUUUUAACCAUUCUGUGCAGAUAAUAUUAAAGGUACACCGAACAAUUGAGAAAGCAAUGCUACUUACAAGCUAACAAUAAAACAGAAGCUAGCAGAACAUGAAUGUAAACUGCAAAGAUGAAUACUAGCUUUAGCCCAGUUGUGUUGUUAGCCAUGUUAGCAUCUACAUAAAUACAUUUAUUUACAUGUUCAUUGACAAUCACAGUAUAGAGCAAAUAUGCUAAUACACUGAAUAAACCAAGCUAUCAGAACUUUUAGCAUUUAUGCUAAUUAACUGCAUGCUUUCCCAUGCUACUGCUAGUUAACAUUUAAUGUCAGGACAUCCUGUUGAAAUUAAAGGUAAAUGGUAUGUGACGCUAAAAAAGCUCAAAAAAAUGCUUCUAUUGCUAACAACAAAUGUUAGCCUGCAAAUCAGGAAAGUUAGCAGUUUAGCUUGAUUACUAGCUUUGUGCUAUUUUUGUAUAAUUUUGGCUCCAUGCUAAUUGCUGCUAAUUUAAUUAAAUUGACAGUGUGAUUAGCUUCAUUUACAGUUUUGUUCACAAUGCUGAUAUUUAUGAUGACGUGAAUGUCGUACACAGAUGUAAGAAAUAAAUAAAUAAAGUUAUAUAAAGUGGUGGUCAUGUAACAUAACGCUAUUUUAUUAUUUGUAAAUUUUCUAGUUUGUGAUCUUGAAGAGUUUUUAACUGUAAUUCUAUUAAAUUUUAUUGUAUAUUUUGAACCGAGCGUCUCGUUUGAUCAGAAUCAUCUGUAAUUCUGUCCAAUUCUGACAAUCAUUCAUUCACCGAGAUCCACGAUGACCAAUGAAUUGACUCUCAAAUAACUCUUUAAAUGACUCUUAAAACGACUCUUUAAAUGACUCUGUAAAGGAACAAUGCAGUGAAAAAUCAGACCUACACGAUAUUUUUUGUGGUUUUGUUUUAGAGUAGGAUGCUAAUAUAGCUAAAGUUAGCAGUAUAAUAAAAAAUCUAACACUAUAAUAUUAAAGAUAGUAAAAUGUUGAAAUAUAGCUCGGUCGCUGGGUUUAGCUUGUUGGUGUCCAGACAGACGUAGAGAGACUUUGCAGGAACCAGAAAACAAUCUGCUGUAAAAGAAAUCAGAGGCAGCUGCGAGAGUUUUCAUUCGAAAUUUAACUUAAUUUGUGAAAAUUAUAUUUCUGCUGAAACUUGCCUUGUUAGUCAGAGACAAACUUCAUGCUAGCUAAAGUCAUACGAGUGGAAAAUAUUGCUGAAGUUAGAUUAUUUUAAUAGUUAAAAUAGAUGAACUUUUUUGGUGAGGUAAAGUUUUAGGAUUCAAGUGUUACAUGAUUCUAUUUGUAGCUAACAAAGUUAUCUGAUCUUCUAGAUUAGGAUUAUGCUAAUGCUACGUUUAGCAAUUAAAUUAUCUGUCAGUGUUAAUUUCACCAACAUUUAAACAUUAUUCAUGUUAACGUUAUGCAAUACUUUAUAAAAUGUCUCUGAGAUUAACAAUAUCAUCUGGCAAAAGUACCUGAAAUGUGUGUGUGUGUGUGUGUGUGUGUGUGUGUGUGUGUGUGUGUGUGUGUGUGUGUGUGUAACUUUCAUUUUGAA